AAAUGAUUGAAUAAUAUAAGGUUCAUGAAUAAAUUGGAUAAGGGGAGUUUGGAAAAGUCUAUAGAGCAACAAAUCUUCUUACACAAACAGUAGUUGCCAUUAAAAGUGUUGAUGUGGCUAAAUUUAAUGAAACACCAAAAUUACUUGAAUUAAGUAUGCAAGAGAUAGAAGUGCUUUAAAAACUUUAACAUUGUCCAUAUGUUGUCAAAUUUAUUGAAUUAAUUAAAACCGUUCAUCAAUAUCAUUUUGUUUAUGAACAUUGUUCUGGAGGUCCUCUAGACAAGUUGCUGUUAUUGUAAGGACAUUUUACAGAGAGAAAAUCAUUAGAGAUCAUUUAUUAAUUAAUUUAAGCAUUUAAAGUUCUAAGAGAAAACUCUAUAAUACAUCGAGAUUUAAAACCAUCAAACAUUUUAAUACAUAAUGGAAUUUAUAAAUUAGCAGAUUUUGGAUUUUGUAAACCAAUAAAAAAUGAUGUUACCGCCACAAUGUUAGGUUCACCAAUAUAUAUGGCUCCAGAAGUCUUAAGAGGACUUUCCUAUAAUAGUAAAGCAGAUAUUUGGAGUUUAGGAGCUGUAUUAUAUGAAUUAUUGAUUGGUAAAUGUCCAUUUGAAGAAAAAUCAAUUGCUAAAUUAAUCACUGCACAAGAUGAAACAGAUUGGGUUAUACCACCAUAAUUUCAUUUUACUAAAUAAACAAUCACUUUAUUAAAAUCAAUGUUAAUUAAAGAUCCCAAUAAACGUUGUACUUGGGAAUAUUUAUUUAAAAUACCAUUAAAAAAUGAUGGUGAGUUUAGUGGAGAUUUGGAACUUUAUUCAGAUAAACCUGAAUAAAAUAUUCUAUAGCCAUCUAAUAGUAAUAAUAAUAAUGUAAGUAUAUUAUAAGAGAUUGUAAAUGAAAGAUGCAAAGUAUAAUUUAUGUGUUAAACUGCUCAUACUAUUUUGGAAUAAUCAUAAAAUAAAGAAUCUCCAUUAAUUGCAUAUUAUUUGUUAUUAUUGGCUAAUAAUAGAGGAUAACAAUUAUUAAGUGUCAUUAAAAAUUAAUGUACAACAGCAACUGAAUAUUUUAGUUUAAACAAAUUAUCAAUUCAUUUAAAAUAAUCAUAAGAUAAUAGAUUAUAAUCCAACUUUGAAUUCACAAGAUUAGUUGAAACUAUUUCUAAAGAAGUAGAUUAAUUAAAUACAGGAUUGAAAGAAUAUAAAAUUAUUUUAGAUGCUUAAUCCUUAGAAAUUAAAGAUAACUAUAGAUAAAAUAUUAAGAAUUAUGUAAAUUAAAUUAAAUAAUCUAAUUACGUUGCCUUCUUAGAUACUAACUAAGAGAAAACCUUAUUAACACAUUGUGUCUAAGUCUUAGAUGCAUUGUAAGUUGAUAAAUUUAUGAAUUAGAAUAUAGGUAUAUUUAUAUUUAUAAACAAUUAGAUCCUACAAUGGAUGCUUAUUUGGAAGUAAGAUCAAUGACCAAAAAGUAGUUAUUAGAUAGAUUUGAUACUUUAUUAUGA